AUGACGGCGACUAAGACAAAAAAUACCAUUGCCGGUUCAAAGGGGAUUACUUUUUCUGGUGAUACUUUCGUUGUACCUGAAACCUACGAUAUGGUAAAGACUCUAUUUGACGUUUCAAUCAGAAAAUCCAACUGUGAAAAGAUUAUUGUGGCCUUACUCGCAUCAAAUGCCUUGGUAUUUUGGUUGGUGGAUUCGAAUUCUGCUAGAGUCAAGAUAUUCAUCUGCUUAUACUUGUUUUGGAGAUUUAGUUAUAACUUUGGUAUUGGAUUUUUAUUGAAUCAGCAGUCAAAUCACCAGAGGCUAGUUAAGUGGACUCAAAAUGGUAAGAUAUUCGAAUCCAAAACUUCAACACUAGGGAAAUUCUGCCAAGCUGAGAUCAAGUCUCAAAUGGGAGAGAAAUAUGACAUUAGCGCCUACCCUGAUGAAUUUAAUACCUGGUUAUUAUUCCGUAAAGUGGUUGACUUGAUUCUUAUGCUGGACUUCACUACUUUUAUUUGUUUGGUAGUUUCAUGUUCAAUCGAUAAGGAUUACCAGUUUAUCAAUAUCCAACAGCAAAGUUUAUGGAUUGUGGUCAGUAGAUUUGUUAUUGGAGUAUCUUUCAUAUUAUUCAACCUUUGGGUCAAAGUUAAUGCUCAUAAUACAAUAAAAGAUUAUGCUUGGUAUUGGGGUGACUUCUUUUUCAGACAAAUAAAUAAUGAAGAAUUGAUUUUUGACGGGGUUUUUGAAAUGUUUCCACAUCCUAUGUAUUCAGUUGGCUAUAUUGGUUACUACGGGUUUGCCCUUAUUUCUAAAUCGUACACAGUUUUGGUUGUUUCCUUAUUUGGUCACUUUUUACAGAUGAUCUUUUUGCAUUAUAUUGAGAAUCCACAUAUUGAUAAGAUUUAUGGAAUGGAAGAAAAUGCCGAUUUGGAACAAUUGUUAAAAUUGAAAGAUUUAAAGCACUUCGAUAAUUUGAAACCGCUAGUUGGAUUAUUUAACUUGAACUGGUUAAGAUCAACAGAUUUGGUCAGUCUAAUUUUGAGCGUCACAUAUGGUUUAUUAAUCCCUUUAUUUGUAUCAGCAAGCACAAUCAAUGAGAAUGGGAACACUGGAAGAAGCUUUAUUCUUGGGCUUUUCAAGUCGGAGAACCGCUUUUUCACUCCCAGCAAUAUUCUCUUCGGAUUGACUGUCUCAAUUAAAAUGUUUGAGUCAGUAUCAAUCAAUACACUUUUGAUCUUGCAAUCCUACUACAAGACUUUUACUAAAUUCUGCAUUUCCAAUGACAUUCCAGUAGAAAAAUCACUCAAUAAUUUCGCUACAUUUUACAAUUCUUUGAUUUUGUUGACUUACUCAUCAUUCUUUGGACUUAAUUUCUUCUUUUAUUUCAAUGGUGUUGAUCUUUAUUUCCAAGAUUACCUCUACUUGAGGAUAUUUGUCGGUGUAUUACUUAUUUUCACACAAUUUUGGAUUAAUUCGUCUAUCAUCGACCAGAUUGGAUACUUUGGAUGGUUCUACGGUGAUUUCUUUAUCCCUAGGUCUCUUGCCUUACCUCAGAGAGGUUCUCAGUUAACAAAGGCUGGUAUUUAUAGAUAUUUAAACAAUCCUGAACAAAUUUUUGGAGUUUGUGGAAUUUUCGGUGUUACUUUGAUCUGCCCCUGCUUUGAAAACGUUGCAGCAUGUGUGUUGUGGGUAGGAAACAACUUUUUCAGGAUCAAUUUUAUUGAAAAGUUGCAUAUGAUUAAAGUUUACGGAGAACAAGAAGUAAUGAAGGAUUCUGGUGUUACUAAAACUAUCAAGAAACACUUGAUUCCUGAUGUUUUACAAAGGAGAGAUCAGAAAUCUAACUUGAGAAGAAAGUCUUCGAUUACGAACUCAUUAGAUCACUUUAUCAAGGAAUUAAGAAGUAAAAACUCCAAAUUAAGUAACAAGAAGAUUCUAGAGCUAUCCCAAGGUUUAUACUUCGAAAAUUCAGAAUAUAAGAUUAAGGUUGUUAACUUGAUUGAUAAUAUAGAUGAAAUCAACAGCUUCAAAUACAUAAAUAUUGGAGAGCCAAUUCAAAUCGAGUGGAAUUCUCCAGUAAAGGAAGAGAUAGAAGGAGACAAGAAAGGAGACUGGAUUGGGUUGUAUAGGGUGUCUCAAACUUCUUACUCUCGUAAUAAGACACUUAUCUCAUCCUCAGGCAAAUGGAUUUGGUGUACAGGUAAGUCAGGAUCUGGCUUUUUCUCCGAAGAAAAACUAUUCUGGGAAGAAGGAGUGUAUGAGUUUAGAUACCACUUAGAAGGUAAACAUGAUGUUGCUUAUAUUUCAGAGCCGUUUGAAAUCAAAUCAAUUAACAUUGAUGUGACUGCUACCACCACUCCUGAGGCUUUGGCUGCGGAUUUAAAGUCUCAUGUCUUUGAUAAAAUAUUGACAAAACGGAGCAUACCUUCAAUUGAUGCUAGCAUCAAUGACUCAGUGAUUGAAGAGUUUAUUAAAACAUACGAUAGGCUCGCUUUAAUGAUUUCUUUGGCAACAGAUAUUAAAAUUAAUUCGAAGAUUUUCUUCAAUGACGAUAAUCAGCUUACCAUUCAUAAACUAAGCGAUAAGCUCAUCAAAAUAAAAAGAGUUUUAGAUGAAUUGAGUUACAAUUCUAAUAGUAUUAUUACUAUCGAAAAAAAAGACAUUUAG